UGAAGACGAGGGGUGUGGUUAUUGCUAAUUAAUUAGUAAGGCAGGUGGCUCAUCUGGGUCAUCUGUUGGGUUUUCUGAUUCUUGAAGACUUGAACUGUUUCAAAGUACAAACUUAGCUUAAUGCAAACCAAACCAGUGCAAGCUGAUCAAGGACAAUUACGGUUUUACCUUUUUCUUUUUUUGUUCGUCCGUCUCUUCCUCCUGCUUGUUUCCCUUUAUUUUCUUGUGAGAUUAGAUUCCUGUCCAGUUACAGCAUGGUGCAAGCUACAAACUGCAACGAAACAAAUGUUGAAGGAGAUGAGAUUCGAUUGGAACCCAUUGUCCCUUCACAAGUACAACCAUGUAUUGGUUAAACUCGCCAUCUCGAUCCUUGUACUAGGUCUUGCUUUUCGCCUCUUCUUCUUUCACUCGUUUGAUUUUUCUCCCGUUACUGAAGCACCCUUUGUAGAAGAAACAGUGGCUCUGGCUUCUGAGCCACCGAUUCCUGUUGAACCACCCAUUCCUGUUGAGUCGCCGGCAUUGAUCGAUGGCCCGGAGAUUGAAGAUCAGAUGCCUCAGAAAGAAAAAUGCGAUCUCUUCACCGGAGAUUGGAUCUCAAACCCAUCAGGUCCAAUUUACACAAAUGAGACCUGCCCUUUCAUAGAAGAUCAUCAGAAUUGCAUGAGGAAUGGUCGCCCUGAUGCAGAGUAUCUUUACUGGAGGUGGAGUCCUCGGAAUUGUGAGUUGCCGCAGUUUGAUGCUGAGAAUUUUCUCGAGCUGAUGAAGAAUAAAUCAUGGGCAUUAAUCGGUGAUUCAAUUUCUCGCAACCACGUUCAGUCAUUACUUUGCAUUCUAUCAAGGGUAGAAAAGGCAGUGGAAGUCUACCAUGAUGAGGAAUACAAAUCCAAAAGAUGGCACUUCCCUUCCUACAAUUUCACAAUCUCAGUAGUUUGGUCCCCUUUCCUUGUGAAAGCUGUUAUUUUUGAAGAUAAUAAUGGUGUUUCAACAUCCGAAGUUCAGUUGCAUCUUGACAAACUAGACAGUAAAUGGAUGGACCAAUAUCAGAGCUUCGAUUACGUGGUAAUUGCUGGAGGAAAAUGGUUUCUCAAGACUGCAAUCUACUAUGAGAACAACACAAUCGUGGGUUGCCACUACUGUCGAGGGAGGAAUUUAACUGAUCUCGGGUUUGACUAUGCUUAUCGUAAAGCCCUUGAAUUGGUGUUCAAUUUCAUCACCACAUCCAACCACAAGGGGUUCGUUUUGUUCAGGACUACAACACCAGAUCACUUUGAGAAUGGUGAAUGGUUCAGUGGAGGGACUUGCAACAGAACGGCACCAUUUAAAGAAGGUGAGAUUGAUAUAAAAGAUGUAGACAAGGCAAUGCAUGACAUCGAGUUGGAGGAAUUUGCCAAGGCAGUGGCAACAGCAUCUGACAAGGGGUUGAAUGUGAAACUUAUGGAUACUACGCGGCUUUCGUUGUUGAGGCCUGAUGGGCAUCCUGGUCCAUACCGGAGUUUCCACCCAUUUGCAGAGGAUGCAAAUGCAAAAGUUCAAAAUGAUUGCCUCCAUUGGUGCUUGCCAGGACCAAUAGACUCAUGGAACGAUUUGCUGAUGGAAAUGGUGGUAAACAGCUGAAACAUUCCAUUGUUGAGUGUGAUGAUCGAUGUAAAAAUAUCUUUGUUGCAAUCAGUCUUCACAUCUCCGAUUUUUGAGAUUCUUGGAUGGCAAAGGAGAAGAUUGUUUAACAAAGUCAUAGAGGAAAGGGGAUUUGCCAUAUUGGGAGCCCAUCCAGUGAAUGAGUUGCAGAGCUGGUUUUCUGCAUGUUGCCUUCUGGGUUAAGGUCUUGAUUAGGAAGGUUCAGAAGUAACUUGUAAUGCAUUAACUAUUAUGUUGUUUACAGCAACUCCCAUUCCAAAUUCAAGAAAUUGAUCUUUGUAUCACACUUCUCGCAGUUUUGUCAACAGCUAUGUGCCCAUGGCUUGAAAAAUUUGGAGGCCCAUGAAAUGAAUGAAUAGAAAGGCCUCAAUAAGUUUACUGAAAUGAAUAUGUGGACUGAAAUUGGUUAA